UCCAUCCGCUGGACCUCGAAUCCCGGUCGACCUGGAUUUCGCUGUACGCUCGACCUUGAAAUCGCUAUACGACCCCGAAUCCUGCCCGACAGCCAACCCCGCUCGAAUCCAAACCUCGCUCGACUCCGAAAUCGCUAUUCGAGCUAUACGACGAUCAUGGCCGGUGGUUGUGGCAAUGCGGGCCGAACCAGGGUCCGACAGGCUGGUGAAAUUCUGGAGGGACACGAGUACCUGCAACCUCAUAAUAACAACGAUGCAGCGAGGAGCAAUGCCGCUGGAACCAUACAUGGCGCGAGAGCUGCGCUGAAUGUUGGCACGGGAUUCCCUCUGUUACGGGCAUACGCUGCCAAGUCUAGGGGCGGAUACUUUGAAUCUAUGAGAGGGAACCUUUUGAGGCGGAAAGUCAACCAGAUCUGUCGAACGAUCAAGGUCCGCUUCUCGGAAAAGACGGUCGAGGUCAACACUGAGAAGCAGAUAGCCGACUUGACAGCUAGCAUGGUCAGAAUUGACGGGAGUGCCAGGGUCAGGGAUGAAAAAGGACGGGAUGUAUUUUGGAAGUUUGAGAACGGGAUGUCUUAUACGGGGUUUGCGGAUGCAGCGCUAUCCAACGAGUUGAUGCGGGUCAUGCCUGGGGCUGUUGAACGGCUUAUCCUUGAUAAGGACAUCAUACCAAAGAACCCUUGUGGGAAAGAAACCCGUCACCCCGCACAUUCGCAACCCACGGACAAAGAGAAAUUCGGUACAUUGCAUCUUGGGGUUUGGGCGAAUCGGUACAAGACCUCGCUAGGUCUGACAGGAGAUACCCGUCAAACAUCGGAUGUCAGGGCUGUCAAGGUAGCCAACUUCUAUCGGGAUAUGGGUCCAGCUUUCCAGGUGAUCGGACAGCUUUUCAAAGCGAUCGACCCUGACUCCUUUCGUCGAUAUGAAGCUAUUUGGGAAGCGUUGGCCCAAAGGGGUGGCUUAGGGAAUAUUCAAUCGAGCAACUGGCAAGUCUUCUCCACCAUUGCGCUGGUGCAUGAACUCACCGUAGGACCCCACAUGGACGACGGUGAUUUGGGAGACGGCUGGGCGGCUAUGUUUGUGAGAGGGGUGUUUUCCGGUGGAGACUUGGUGGUACCUGCACUAGGGAUGAAAUUCCCAUACAAGCAGGGCGACUUGGUCUUCAUGAGAUCCUCCGAGCUGGAACACUACAUCGACAAGUGGGAGGGUUGCAGGACCGGCGCAGUGAUGUUCACGAAGGUCACCACUGUAGAAAAGCUUCACGAAGAGAUAAAGAAGAUGCUUGAACAGAUGAAGGACGAAGAGGUCGCCGCUGAAGCGAAGAAGGAAGACGUCGCCGCCGAAGCGAAGAAGGAGGACGUCGCCGUCGAAGCGAAGCAGGAAGACGUCGCACCCUCUGCCAAAGCGAAAGACGAAGAAGCGGCCACACCUUUCGCCACUGGAGCGAAAGAGGAAGAUGCCAUAGCCGAUGUGCAUACACGACAGGCUAAGCGGAAGUCUUCGCCAGACGAGACGCCCUCGACGACGACGAGACGCCUGCGAUCCCGAACGGUCGUCUACACAUCGAAAUCUUGAAUUUGAACGCGCUGCGCUAUUCGCGUACAGACUAGUCUGUUGGAAUGAAACUUCAUGUAUUCAUAAAUUGUAUACAAUCUCGAUGCGA